UCCAUCUUCCUCCUCAAGAUUCUAUCAACAGUCAAAGAUCCUCUCUACUGAUCAAUAAAUAUUCCCCAAUCUCGUUUUUCUACUUCCUUUCUCCUCCAAUUUUCCCUCUCUCGCUCUCAUUCCCAUGGCCUUCCCUUGUCUUCCUUGAUUCCAUGGCGGAUAUGGAUUUUGUUGAAGGCGUUGGUGAGAGUUCUUCGCCGCCUCGAAGCUUUGCUGCUGGAUUCUGUGCUGCCCACGAUGUUCGGAACGAUGUUUAUACUAGGUUAGUUGAGUGUGGACAUGAGGAGGCUGUUUCUAAUCCUCAAUUUCGCGAGAACUUGGAUGCUCACUUCAAUCGUUUGCCUCCGAGUUACGGACUUGAUGUUAACAUGGAGAAGGUGGAAGAUGUUUUGUUACAUCAAAAGCUUCUUUCCCUAGCAAAGGAUCCAGAGAAGUGCCCUGUUUAUCACAUUCGUUUUCUGGAGCACGUAAGUACUAAGUCAGAUGGCAAUGAUGAUCACGUUUUUCUUGAUAGUAUGCUUUUAAGUGGUUCAUCUAAUGAAGCAGCCGAUAGAAGGCUUCCAUUGUCACACAAAAGAACUCGAGGAAAUAUAAUUGACUUUGAGGCUUGUUCCAAGCUUGAGGACUUAAAUUUGGAUGUUAGGAAAAACUCGAAGGCCAUGGAUAGGAGGCCAGGUAAUAUUGGACAUGUACUGAUACACGAAGUGAUAUUUUCAACUAUUGACAAGCCAAAGCUUCUUAGCCAGCUUUCUGCUUUGCUUUCUGAUAUAGGACUUAACAUUCGAGAAGCACAUGUGUUUUCAACAACUGAUGGUUACUCUUUGGAUGUAUUUGUGGUGGAUGGAUGGCCUAUUGAGGAAACUGAUGGAUUGUACGAAGCUAUGGAAAAAGCAGUGGCUAGAUAUGAGGGAUCGUGGUCUGGUUCUUCACAUUCUCAUCCAGUGGUCAAGAAAACAUUAGACGCCCAGGUAAAAUCAGCAGAUUGGGAAAUAGAUAGACGGUUACUGAAGAUAGGUGAAAGAAUUGCAUCAGGAUCUUGUGGUGAUUUGUACCAUGGAUUUUAUCUUGGUCAAGAUGUAGCUGUCAAGAUAUUAAGGUCUGAAGACCUAAAUGCUGAUUUAGAGGAUGAGUUCAAUCAAGAAGUGGCUAUUCUCAGGAAGGUCCAGCACAAAAAUGUAGUUCGUUUUGUAGGUGCUUGUACAAGCUCCCCACAUUUGUGUAUUGUAACAGAGUAUAUGCCAGGAGGGAGUCUUUAUGAUUACUUGCACAAGAAUCAUUGCGUGCUGAAGCUCUCGCAACUGCUGAAGUUUGCUAUUGAUGUUUGUGAAGGAAUGGAGUACUUACAUUUAAAUAACAUUAUCCAUAGAGACUUGAAGACAGCAAAUCUCCUAAUGGACACUCAACAGGUUGUAAAGGUGGCAGAUUUUGGAGUUGCACGAUACCAGAGUGAAGGAGUAAUGACAGCAGAAACCGGAACAUACAGAUGGAUGGCUCCUGAGGUAAUAAAUCAUCUGCCAUAUGAUCAGAAAGCAGAUAUUUUCAGUUUUGCGAUUGUGUUGUGGGAACUAGUAACAGCAAAGGUUCCUUAUGAUUCCAUGACACCAUUACAAGCUGCCCUUGGAGUAAGACAGGGACUACGUCCAGAUCUUCCCAAAAAUGUUCACCCUAAAUUGUUGGAUUUGAUGCAAAGAUGUUGGGAUGCAGAACCUGUAAAUCGGCCUCCAUUUACUGAGAUAAAAGUUGAACUCAGAAGUCUCCUAGAAGAAGUUGAGAUGUGUACAAAAUAUGAAGAAAAUUGUGCAGCAGUUAAUGGGAGCUAAUGUAGCUGCGUAGAAUGUGCAAUAUUCAAUUCGGCUUUACCCUGUAUUUUCCGUGAGGAUAUUUAUUUUGUUUUCCACUUUCGGUUCUUCAUAUAGUUACACAAAUAUUGUACAUCUGAGAGAGAAAAAGAAGUAUAGAGGCUGCUCAGUGCGAAAAGAGAGAAGAAAUAGCAUGUUCUCAUUACAAAAAUACUUGACCACGAGGAUGCUUUCAGCAAAUAUAGUAAAAUUAUCUGUUGUUAGCC